UCACUUGGUGACGCUGCUGCUGCACACAGGACCUGCCUCUCUUCCCUCUCCUGGCAUUCAAACCUGACAUUGCUGCCCGAGGCCCUCAUCCAGCCUGUCUCAACACACCAUCAUCGGCAGCUGCCUGGGCCAUGGCUCUGUGGUCCAACAUGAUGCUCGCCAUUUCGGGCAUUUUCAUUGGAUCGUGCCUCUCAGAAUCUCCAUCCAAAGUGCGGCUAGUGGGAGGUGCCCACCGCUGUGAAGGGCGAGUGGAGGUGGAACGCGAUGGCAUGUGGGGGACAGUGUGUGAUGAUGGCUGGGACAAGAAAGAUGCAGCUGUGGUGUGCCGAGAGCUGAAUUGUGGAGCCCCCAAGCAAACCCCACGUGGUGCCUCAUAUAAGCCACCAGCACCAGAAGAGCAAAGCGUUCUCAUUCAAGGAGUUGCCUGCAGUGGGAUGGAAGACACAUUGUCUCAAUGUAGCCAUGAUGAGGAUGUUUUUAAUUGCCCGCAUGAAGAAGAUGCUGGGGUGCUGUGCGAGAACAUUGGUGUCCCCUCCAUCCCGGAGAAUGUGCGACUGGUGGAUGGCCUGGAGCGCUGCCAGGGUCGAGUGGAGGUGCUACACCAGGGCCAGUGGAGCUCUGUGUGUAAAGCGGGCUGGAACUUACAGGCAUCAAAGGUGGUUUGCAGGCAGCUGGGAUGUGGGCGGGCGCUUCGGACUCACAGAUGCUGCGACAAGAUGACGCAAGGCAAAGGGCCCAUCUGGACGGGCAGGAUGUCGUGUUCUGGACAGGAAGCAAACCUUAAGAAGUGCCCUCUCAGUGCUUUGGAGAACAACUGUACCCACAAUGAGGACACGUGGAUGGAAUGCGAAGAUCCCUUCGAGCUGAGGCUGGUCGGAGGGGACAACCCCUGCUCUGGGAGGUUGGAGGUGCUACACAAGGGUACAUGGGGCUCUGUCUGCGAUGACAGCUGGGGAGAAAAGGAGGACCAAGUGGUAUGCAAGCAGCUGGGCUGUGGGAAGUCUCUCCUUCCAUCCUCAAGAGCCCGAAAGAGCUACGGACCUGGGGUGGGCCGCAUCUGGCUGGAUGAUGUCAAUUGCUCAGGGGAGGAACAGUCUCUGGAGACCUGCCGGCACAGGCUGUGGGGGUACCACGACUGCACCCACAAGGAAGAUGUGGCAGUGAUCUGCUCAGAACAGUACCCUGGACUUUGAUGCAUGACCCAGUUCCCUGCCUGUUCAGUUGGUCCCUGAUUGUCCCAGUGCUAACGUCUGGCCGUGGACUUUUUAUCCACCUCUCCCUCAACCUUUCCGGAGUCUGAACCUCGUGCCCAUAUCUUGAUCUCAUGGCUACACACCAUUACAGUCACCUCAAGAUAUGAUCUGCUGAGCCCUCUCUGCUGAUGAAAUGUUUCCUGUUGCCCCGGGCUCACUGGUCACCCCUUGGUAUCCAUCCCAGCCUUUGCAAACUCC